AUCAGUACGGAGAUACACCGGCCGCGUAGGAAGCGGUGUGGGGGCGUGUACAGGGAAAACUCAAGUUCUAGUGAACGAACUCACUCACUCCGUCCAGCUCGCUCGGAAUCUUCCCACAACUUUGGCAAGUUCUCUCCACAACUCUGUAGAUCUGUUGUCAGCAGCAGCGGCUGUUUAACGUAAGUCACGUGCGAUCUUCCACCACUUCCUUUUCCAUGAUUACGGUUCCAUAGUGAGAGUUUAUAUUUGUGUACUAUACUCAUCCUUUUUCCUCAAACAGUGGCCUAUUAUAACAAAACGUAGUUUCCUUUGCCGUAUUGUUUUGGCGGUCAGUAGUGUGUGUGUAUAUAUAUAUUCUUAAUAUAAUUUGUAGUUAUUUGCCUCCAUGAGAUGUUUCAGACGUUUCCCAGCAUUAUAGAGCCAUUUAAACUUCUCUCCAUUAUAUUAUUAUAGCUCCCGAAUCCUACAUCCUCUCCGCAAAUCGGCUGUAGGACUCGGGAGCUGUAAUAGGUUUGGUAACCAGGGUAUCGUGUUAGCCCAACAUUCUGAAAUACAGAGUCGUUUGUAGCUCUAGUGGAAAGAGAUUGUUAGUCUCAGCGUGGCCACCGUAACAACCAACUGUUUACACCCCCAGUCCACUUUCCUUUAACCCCACUUGGCCUCCCGUCGUCUCCCUUUAUUGUUGCCUUUCUAUACACCUGACCAUAUCGGUUACACUCAGGAUUAUGUUACUAUCACAUCUCGUUUUACGUCGUUUAAGGCGCGGUCGCGUAAACUCGGGCGACUCGUAUGUUUCCUACCAUCAAACAUCGUGUACAACCUUUAAGGAUGCUUGGAAGAUGAGCGAGUGAGUGAGACGUUGUGAGUUUGUUGUGAAAAAAACCCCUGAAAAUCUCGCCGCAGAGCCGUUUAGAGGAAGUCUUUCCCGACCUUGAGCAAGAACAAGAUGGCGGCCUCACUGCGACAGGUGUUUGCGAUGACGUUGCUCCUUCAGGUGAUCUCACUAGAGGCGACAGUUUUCCCACUUUUCACAAGUUGUACCUGUAACCUGGACGCGCGGACAGUCACCUGCACCUGGGACCGAGACCCGAGCGAUGGGAACGAGACGACAUACACUGUUGCAUAUUGGGAAGAUAAGGGGCCGGAACAAAAGUGUGACGUCACAGAUCAUGGCGAAACGUCUUCUUGUACCUUCAAACCUUCAAGUCUGUACGUCGGACACGAGGUGGUUCUGACCAGAACGGAUGGCGACACUGGACUGAGCGCUCGUUCGUUCCCAUGGAAUAUAACUCCGUACCUAAGUGUAAAGCCGAACGCCCCGAGUCUGACUGCUACCGCAGAGGGGUCACGCCAGGUCACGCUGCGGUGGGAGUCCUCCAUCCCUCCCGCCUUCCGGACUGUGGUAGACGAGUCGGGUUGUGAGUUCCAGUACCGGGAUAGGCGAAAUGCAACCUGGAGGAAACCGGAGGAUGCGGGAAGACAGAAAAGCUUCACCCUGCGCGGCCUGCGUCCCGGGACGGAGUACGCCGUCCGGAUCCGCUGUGAGGCUGAGUACUGGGGGGAGUACGGAGAGCCGGUAUACGUCAGGACAUGGGAGGAGGCUCCAGGCCAGGGACCAAGAGUGGUAGAAGCCAAAUUAACGCCAGACACUGACAAAGACGGUCUCGCUGAUGCUACUAUUUCUUGGGAGAAAAUCCCCCUGGAGGACCAAAACGGCCCCAUCCUCCACUACAAGCUGAACCUAACGGAAGGAGGUGGCGUCACAAGAAGUGUUUCAGUGGACGCCAACACCACUAAACACACGUUCAGAGACCUCGCGGUGGGACAGGCGUACCAGGGUGUGCUUUGGGCCGUCAACGCUGCUGGGCAGUCCCCAUCUGUCCCAUACAGCAUCGAUAUCACCAGUCCACGAGUACAACCACCUGUACAUUCACCAGCCCCUGGAUUCAUAGGUUCUACGACGAUGACCGUUGUUCUCGCUUCCGUCCUUGGGGGGCUGUUGCUGCUCAGUCUGGUCAUUUUCUGCAAUCGACGGGCGAUCGGAAAACGCUUCAAGAUGGCGAAGGACCAUCUUUGGCCGAGGAUUCCCCGCCCAGAGAACUUCUUGGCGCCUCCGACUGCUGACGAAGACUACCAGUACGUGGAUGACGUGCACGUUCGUUUCGUCUACCUCCCACCGGAACCGGAAAUAGUGGACGACUUCGAGGAGGAGCGGAGGCGGCUGCUGGCACUGCCUCUCCCCGACGGGCCGCUAGAGGGCGCCUCUGACGGAACGAUCGCGGCGGGACAGGCAAGCCGCCCCGUCUCCACGGCAACGGACGACGCAGACCGAUCGGGCCGUGACGCCCGUUGCCAUGGUAGCAGCGAAGAGGUCGCGGGCAUGCCCCCUGUGGCUAAGGCUAUUUGGGUCAACGUGAACAAUGAAUACGUGAAUAAUGACGCCGUUCCCAUGACAACCGAGGGAGACAAGGCCAAGUCCACCCUGAACUACAUACGGGUGGAAGAUUCAAGUCGUUACGUCGCCAAGGCAACGGGAGGCACCCCAGGGGUCAGUUCUGGAGACGGUAUGGCGGGGUCACAGGUCAUGCCCAGCUACGUGCAGGUGGGCCAUCAGAGCUGUCCCGUCGUUGCCAUGGCAACGGAGGGCGACCAGACGGCUUCCGAACUGGCGGUCAACUCCAACGCGGAGACGGCCCCCCGCGAAGAUGGCAGUGCGGGGUCGCAGGUCAUCCCGAACUAUGUGCAGACGGACCAUCAGGGCUAUCCCGUUACCAUGGCAACAGAGGGAGACCAGGCGACUACCCCCCGCAAAGAGGGAAGCGCGGGGUCGCAGGCCAUCCAGGGCUACGUGCAGGUGGACCAGGUGACGCAACCCGUUACCAUGGCAACAGAGGGCGACAAGGCCGCUACUUCUGAACUGGCGGUCCGCCCUGACGCGAUGGAGACGACCCCCCGCAAAGACGCCAGUGCGGGGUCGCAGGCCAUCCCAAGCUACGUGCAGGUGGACCAUCAGGGCUGCCCCGUUACCAUGGCAACGCAUUCCGUUCCCAUGGCAACGGAAGUCGCCACACCCGAAACGGAGACGCCUGGCCGCAAAGGGUCAAAGGUCAUUCGGGAGAACGGUGGCCAGAUCCAGCAUCAAGCCAUCCCGUAUGUCACCAUGGCAACGGAGGGUGUGGGUGGGGUUUCCUUGGGCGCCGGUGCACCGAAGAUUCCACAACCCGGAAAAGUCCGGCGCGCAGGAGAACUGACCGUCUGUCAAGGCACGAACAGCUACGUACAGAUCCAGAAUAGUUCAAGUUCAUGAAAAACAAAGACUCGUGUACAAGUUUGCACAUAAAGGUUGCACAGAACCUUGUUCAAGUACAUUAAGGUUGUCCAGAUUCUUGUUCAAGUUCAAAAAGGUUGCUAAGACUCUUGUUCAAUGCCACAUAGGUUACCUCCAAAGGGCAUAUUCAGUUUGAGGCAACAGAACUAGGGAAACUUACCGGGAUAUCGGUACAAUGGCCAUAUAUAUAUAUAUAUAUAUAUAUAUAUCAAGGACUACAAACAUGUAUAUAAUGUCCUUGUGUACAUACUGUACAAAACCUUUGUGCAUAAAUUACUGUACAUAGCAUUUUACCUUUCUGUAAGGACCUGCAAAAUAGAGACCUCAUGCAAAUGUUUGAUACAUUUUGUAAAAUGCAUUGUGUACAUGAAUGUACCUGGAUGUCUAGCCUUCAGCAACAUAUCAAAGCCAUAGUAACCCAGUGUUACGCAACAUCGUUGUUAAUACUAGCAUAAAGCUUGUAAGGGAUGAGUACAAAAUUUGGAAAAAUUUCAGAUCUUCUGGCAUUGCCAUUAAGACCCAUUGGGUUGUCUCACGUUUUCUGAACGACUUUGCUUGAAGGGUUUGUGAAUUGUUAAACAUUGUGUUCAUGUAUGAUAGUAUGAAUUGCCAGUUGGAGAUUAUAUGCUCGUGCAUUUCAAUUUUGUGCAUCAAAAUGUUUUCAUA